GUGAGCGGAGUGCGAGACCCUUAGAGCCCCUGUCUGUGAGAUCCAGCGAGGAGGCCGCGGGGAUCUGUUGCUUCAGGCAGAGGCCUGCUCUCUGAUAAAUAGAUUCUCAAACCCCAGAACCAUCUUGGUUGGAUUAUCGUCCGGGAUUUGUCUUGCUACAGUGAAGACCCCACUGGAAGUAAUUUGCGAAUGGGAUGAAUCCGCCAUUGCUGAGCUUCUUCCCCUUUCAGCUCAGUGAAUGACAUUAUCUAACGGGUGACCUUACCUAGUUAUGUUUCCAUUUUCACAACACCCCAUUUGAGUUUGCUUGUCUUUCAAAAAGCAUUCAAAGUGGAGUACCGCAAACUUGAUAUGGAUGGCAAAAAGAAAGACAAGGACAAACCUGAUGAAAGAAUGGCCCGGCCUAGUGGCCGAUCAGGUCACAACACACGUGGUACUGGGUCUUCGAACUCUGGAGUGUUGAUGGUCGGGCCUAAUUUUCGAGUAGGAAAAAAGAUUGGAUGUGGCAAUUUUGGAGAACUGAGAUUAGGGAAAAAUCUGUACACAAAUGAAUAUGUGGCAAUUAAACUGGAACCCAUGAAAUCCAGAGCACCACAACUACAUUUGGAAUACAGGUUCUACAAGCAGUUGGGAUCUGGAGAUGGAGUACCUCAGGUUUACUAUUUUGGUCCUUGCGGUAAAUAUAACGCCAUGGUGCUGGAACUACUAGGACCAAGCCUGGAAGACUUAUUUGACUUGUGUGACAGAACAUUUUCCCUCAAAACAGUUCUUAUGAUAGCCAUACAACUGAUAUCUCGGAUGGAAUACGUUCACUCGAAGAACUUGAUAUAUAGAGACGUAAAACCAGAGAACUUCUUGAUAGGUCGCCCAGGAAACAAGAACCAGCAAAUAAUUCAUAUAAUAGAUUUUGGAUUGGCGAAAGAAUACAUAGAUCCAGAAACCAAGAAGCACAUACCCUACAGAGAACACAAGAGCCUUACAGGAACAGCUAGAUAUAUGAGUAUAAAUACACAUUUAGGAAAAGAGCAAAGUAGAAGAGACGAUUUAGAAGCAUUAGGACAUAUGUUCAUGUAUUUUCUACGAGGCAGUCUGCCGUGGCAAGGUUUAAAGGCUGAUACAUUAAAAGAAAGGUAUCAGAAAAUCGGAGACACCAAGAGAGCAACGCCGAUUGAAAUACUUUGCGAAAACUUCCCAGAAGAGAUGGCUACGUACCUUCGCUAUGUCCGAAGACUAGACUUUUUCGAGAAGCCAGACUAUGACUACUUACGGAAACUUUUCACAGAUUUGUUUGAUCGAAAGGGAUACAUGUUUGACUAUGAAUAUGACUGGAUUGGAAAACAACUGCCUACUCCUGUUGGCUCCAUUCAUGCUGAUCCAGCUCUUUCAUCAAACAGAGAAGCACAUCAACAUAAAGAUAAGAUGCAACAAGCCAAAAACCAGUCGGCAGACCACAGGGCAGCUUGGGACUCCCAGCAGGCUGACCCCCAGCAGCUAAGAGCUCACCUAGCAGCUGACAGACAUGGUGGCUCGGUACAGGUUGUGAGUUCGACAAACGGGGAGCUGAACACGGACGAUCCGACAGCAGGACACUCAAACGCCCCAAUCACCGCUCCAGCAGAAGUAGAAGUCCUAGAUGAAACAAACUGCCAGAAAGUGUUGAACAUGUGGUGCUGUUGCUUUUUCAAGCGAAGGAAAAGGAAAACCAUUCAGCGCCACAAAUGACUCUGGAAAAGGACAGACCAUGGGGAAUUACUCACUUGUUCAUCUGCUGUCUUGUGAUAAAAAAAGAAAA